CAUCAUCACCUCCUCCUUCUCUUCCUCCUCCUCCUCCUCCUCGGCGGCGGCGACAUGAGCGUCAAUCACCACCUCUCCCAGGACUAUCAGCUCAGCGGCAGCGAUUCUCGUUUGAACGACUCUCACAAGUCCAGCAAAAGCGACGAGAAACACAAGCACAAAGAACACAAGCAUAAGGAGCACAAGUCAAAGGAGCGGGACAAGGAUCGUGAGAAGUCCAAACACAGCUCUUCCAGCUCCAAGAAUCAUAGCAACAGUGAAUACAAGGAUUCUUCGGAAAAGAGACACAAAGAAAAAUUAAAACAUAGAGAUGGAAGUUCUGACAAACAUAGACACAAGAAUAAGGAGAAAAGGAAGGAGGAAAAGGAAAAGCUGCAUUCCUCGAGCAGUGGUGUUGGGGAUAAAAUCAAGAAGGAAAAUGGCUUCACAAGUCCACCUCGUAUAAAACAAGAGGUUGAUGAUGAGUAUCUGCCAUCUGUUAAGGUGGAAAACAAGCCUACGAAAAGAGCACGAAUCGACGACGAUGUGGAUUUUAAACCCAAGAAGCCCAAAAUUGAGGAUGAAAAGAGAACCAAAAAGCGAAAAGCCGAGGAGGUCACCAAGAGCAAAAAGGGCAAAAUGAAAGGACAAGCUGAUGGAGCUGGGAAAAAGAAGAAAAAGAAGGAAGAGGAGGAUAAAUGGAAAUGGUGGGAGGAAGAGCGCUACACUGAUGGUGUGAAGUGGAAGUUUUUGGAGCACAAAGGCCCGGUGUUUGCUCCGCCCUACAUCCCGCUUCCCGACAAGGUUAAAUUCUAUUACGAUGGGAAACAUAUGAAGCUGAGCCCUCAGGCCGAAGAGGUUGCUACUUUCUUUGGCAAAAUGCUGGAUCAUGAAUACACUACAAAAGAUAUUUUUAGGAAGAACUUCUUUAAAGACUGGCGAAAGGAAAUGAAACCUGAAGAAAAGUCGACCAUAGUGGAUCUGAACAAGUGCGACUUUGAAGAGAUGAACCAACAUUUCAAGGAUCAGUCUGAAGCUCGGAAGCAAAUGUCCAAAGAGGAGAAACUGAAAUUAAAAGAAGAGAAUGAGAAGCUUCUUCAAGAAUAUGGGUUCUGCAUCAUGGACAACCACAAAGAGAGGAUUGCUAAUUUUAGGAUUGAACCUCCAGGGCUUUUCCGUGGCCGUGGUAACCACCCAAAGAUGGGUAUGCUGAAAAGAAGGAUCAGGCCAGAGGACAUCAUCAUCAACUGUAGUAAGGACUCCAAAGUUCCCGUACCUCCACAUGGCCAUAAGUGGAAGACGAUACGACAUGACAACAAGGUGACUUGGCUGGUCUCAUGGACAGAGAACAUCCAGGGCUCCAUCAAGUACAUCAUGCUGAAUCCCAGCUCAAGAAUUAAGGGUGAGAAGGACUGGCAGAAAUAUGAAACUGCUCGGCGGCUGAAGAAGUGCGUUGACAAGAUCCGUGCGCAGUACAGAGAAGACUGGAAAUCGAAGGAGAUGAAGGUCCGGCAGAGAGCUGUGGCACUUUACUUUAUUGACAAGCUAGCCUUGAGAGCUGGAAACGAGAAGGAAGAGGGGGAGACCGCCGACACUGUUGGUUGCUGCUCUCUGCGAGUGGAACACAUCAAGCUACACACGGAACUCGAUGGCCAGGAGUACAUGGUAGAAUUUGACUUCCUGGGUAAAGACUCCAUCCGGUAUUACAACAAAGUACCAGUGGAAAAAAGGGUGUUUAAGAAUCUUCAGCUAUUUAUGGAAAACAAGCAACCUGAAGAUGACCUUUUUGACCGACUGAAUACUUCGAUCCUGAACAAGCAUCUCCAAGAGCUAAUGGAUGGGCUUACAGCCAAAGUGUUCCGUACCUACAACGCAUCCAUCACACUGCAGCAGCAGCUGAAGGAGCUCACAAACCCUGAUGAAAACGUGGCGGCAAAAAUCCUCUCCUACAACCGUGCCAAUAGAGCAGUUGCCAUCCUUUGUAACCAUCAAAGAGCACCCCCAAAAACCUUUGAGAAAUCCAUGCAGAACCUCCAAACCAAGAUUGAUGCAAAGAAAGACCAAAUUGGGAUGGCCAGGAGAGAGCUGAAGGGUGCCAAGGCUGACCACAAAGUUAAAAAGGAUGAAAAGACUAGGAAAUCUGUGGAAAGUAAGAAGAAAGCUCUCCAAAGGGUUGAGGAACAACUAAUGAAACUGGAAGUACAGGCCACAGACCGGGAAGAGAAUAAGCAAAUAGCCCUUGGUACUUCCAAACUCAAUUACUUGGACCCUAGGAUCAGCAUUGCAUGGUGUAAGAAGUGGGACAUCCAAACUGAAAAGAUCUACAACAAAACCCAGCGAGAGAAGUUUGCAUGGGCCAUAGAUAUGGCAGAUGAAGAUUAUGAAUUUUAACCAUUGACGUGGCUGAAGCUGAGUGAGACUGGCCUAAGCCACCUGACCUGGAAUAGAUGCUUUUUGUGUAACAAGGAAGACAAAUUUAAAAACUGGUUCGGGAGCUACUGUUUUAAAAAAGAAAACAAAACAAAAAAAAAUUAUAAAGCACUGAUUAAGUUGGUGCAUUUAUACUGUUAGAACUUCGCAAUAACUUUUUUUUAAAAUUGAGAACUACAAUCCUGUUUUAAAAGAGAAUAAAAGGCACCGGUUUUAAAACUUGGUCACUGCUACACACUGGUGGACAUUUGGUGACUGUUUGACUUGAACUGGAGAGCAAAUGCUUUUGCUGCCCUUGUCUACUAAAAAGGAGUGUUUUAUUUCAUACUUUUUCUUCUUUUACACAGAGUCUGUGUCACUUAUCAGGGCCCUAAAGAAUCUAACUGGAACCUGAAUGUGGCUUAAAAGCAUUUGUUUGGAUUGAAUUUUAAUUGGGGAAAAUUUUUUGCAAAAAAUUAUAAACACAAGAAAGAUUUUAGAUGAUAUUACAAGGUUGCUUUUGUUUAAGAGCGUCAGAUGUGCUGGUUAGGGAUGUGUGUGCUGCAUUGUUUUCCUCCCCAGGCUUUUUAAUAUAAACCUUUGGGGGUUUAUUUAAAGCUGAUCAUUUGUUGCUGACCUAUUUCAAACCAGGGGCCAUCAUUCUACGAAAAGAAAAAGCGUGUCCAAUUUUCAAUCUGAUCGGGAACUUUUAAUAGCAUUUCAGGUGGAACCUAGUUUGGUGUAAGAGAACUGAAUGCACCUCCUCCACUGUCUAGAAAGGACCCGCUCUUAUCGCUGGAAUGAGCUUAAUUUGUCUACAACUGACUGGGAAUGUAAGGUGAAUUUACACAUGGUCGGAUUUCAAUCUGGGUUUCUAUGAUAUUUUUGUGGGGUGGGGGGUUGGGAGGAGCGGAAGGAGAAAUAAAUGGUCCAUUUCUUGCUG